UAAAUUGCCAAUGUGUCUCUAUUCGUCCCCUCCGACAUCUCCCAAUAAAACGCCACCGCCCCACUCGUCGGAGCCGGCCGCCGGGAUGCCUCAAGAUUCGCGCCCGCCAGGGAUGCGCCUCUUCGGCGUCACCAUUGCGCCGGCGCCGGCGCCGCAGUUGGAUCCCCCGGACGGUGACCGGGAUCCGAGCCCCAACCCACCGGUGGCGGUGAGGGAGGACGUGAUGCGCAAGUGCAAGAGCAUGGGCAACCUGGCCACCCUCGCCUCAGCCUGCCCCUCCGGGGACGCUGGAGGCGCGGGCGACGGGUACCUCUCCGACGGCGGCCUUCUGCAGUCGUCCGGCAAGCGGCGGAGGGCGCAGGAGAGAAAGAAAGCUGUCCCUUGGACUGAAGAAGAGCAUAGGACAUUUCUUGCUGGUCUCGAAAAGCUGGGGAAGGGAGACUGGAGGGGUAUAGCAAAAAAUUUCGUUACUACCAGGACACCAACUCAAGUGGCCAGUCAUGCUCAGAAAUAUUUUCUCAGACAAACUAAUCCAAACAAGAAGAAGCGCAGGUCUAGCCUUUUCGAUAUGAUGGCAAGCGAUUUGUCACCAGCACCAAAUUGCCCCAUCUUACCACCAACAAUGGCAAAAUUUCAUGAUAUGGUAACAAUGACUAAUCAACUCCAGAACAGCAGCUUGGAAGGAGUAUCAUCUUCGAAUGCAGCUAAUCUAGCAAAACAAGUUACAAGAGAUCUUCCUCCCCCAGUUCCAUCUUUUACGGCAACAAAUGUGGAUGCAAGUCUCAGCAAAAUGAACCACAUGUCUUUUGCGAUGAUUUGGAUGGUCUCUUGUUGGAGAGUCUUGGAGCAUCAUAUAGGAUUGCUUCUCGCGGGUACCCUCGCUGUUCAGACCAAUUCCAAUAGUCCCUGAAGGGACACCUCCCGCGACUGCCAACACAAGUACCCUGACAUUUGAAGCUAACCUGACUUCCUGUACUAGCGCAUUCCUGAUCCCGCAAAGCGGUCCUUCACCAUUGCCUCCUGCGACGACUGCGAAGACAGAUCAUCCAGCAGAGAACAAGGAUCUGGAGCUGACGGUUGGCCUGCCGUCCCAACAAAACAUGCCGUCCCAACAAAACAUGACCAACAACAUUUCUUCCCGGAAUGCGGUAGGCGUGAUCCAAGUCGUUUAAGCUAAUAAUUAUUCUUUUGGGAGUCGCAUUGUUGUUAUAGACAGUUGACAGAAUAAACACUAGCAUUUUAUUAGAGAUAUUACAUGAAUAAAAGCAGGAAUGAAAGACCAAUCGUCGUCUGUAACUCGGUCUGUAAGCUUUCUGAUGUGUUGUGCUCCGUCCUAGCCAUCUGAGUUGUUGCCAGCAUGUUGAUGUGCACAGUAUUUUAGCAACUGGCAUGAUCA